GAAAAGCUUUCUCAUAUAAAAAGUUCUCCGGUUAUUUUGUUUUUAACUUGAUCCCUUUAUGAAUGAACUUUUGGCAGUCCGCGGGUAUAAGCAGGUACAGCUUGUUGUUGUUCAAGUGGACUACUUUCUAAAAUGUUUUCCUAACUUUGUUCCACGAUUUGGGUUUGACCCAUAUGAAAAGGAUCUUUUGUGCCUAAAAGGACCUCUUCCUCUUCCAAAUAAGUGUGUUCUUGAAGUUACCAUUUGGAUUAAUGAAGAUUUCCCCUCUCAACAUCCAGUUCUUCACUGUUUAUCUCCAAACGAAAAAGACGUGCUUUAUAAUUUGGUCCUUGAUAUAAACAAUGACCGGUUACGACAAAAACUUACUGACAUUUGGGAUCACGUAAAACCUUCACUCUUCCACUUUUUAAGCACCGUCUCGCAUACAUUGGUUCUGCCCAACCCACGCACUCCAACUCCUAAUCGCUCGUGUAAACCCAAAGGAAGUGAAUCUUUAGAUUUGAGAGAGAAUGAAACCAAAAAUCUGUUACCGGCAAUUUUCGCUUUGAAUUCACAAGCGCAUAAGUUGCGAGAAGUGGAUAAAAAGCUCAGUAAAUAUGCUAAACAGCUUGAGAAGUGUGAUUCUCAAGAUCUUGAAAAAGAAAUGCAGUUGUCUGAAGUUUUUUGGAAGAACCAACUUAAGCUACUUCGAACUUUGGAAAACUUAAAUUUUGAAAAAAAUCGUCGAGAAAAACUACUGGAGAAUAUGAAGCUGGAAGAGCUUCGCUUAAAGAAAACUCUUGAGAUGUUUACCAAUGAAUAUAUUUGUCUAGAUAAUGUGGUCAUCACCACUUCACCAACUUUUGAAGAAAUUUUGUAUCAAAUUGCAAAAGAUAAUGCCUAUGCUGACGUCAUUAAUCAAAUGGUGCUUGCUCUCGAGGAAAACGUGUUUACUCUUAACAUUUUCGUCAAAAAUGUCAGAAUUUUUUUUAGAAAACAGUUUAAGACGAGGGCCCUAACCUUGAAAAUGUUACCAGACGCAAAAACUUUGUCGUCGAACAGUUAGCGACAAUAUUGUGUUGAAUAA